UUGAUCUCCUGUGUCUCCAGCAUGAGAAAAUGUCUGUUGUGUUUUUCGUUUCCAGCUUAAACUAACUUACUUUAUCAUGAUUAAACACGUUUUUCUGACAGGUUCUCCAGGAGUGGGGAAAACUACACUAGUCCAGAAGGUUUGGGAGGCGAUAAGCUCAACUGGUGUGAGCAUCCACGGCUUCUGCACAGAGGAGGUCCGGGAAAGCGGGAGGAGAGUGGGAUUUGAUGUAGUCACUGUAAACGGACAGAGAGGAAUCUUGGCCAGAGUCGGAGCUACAGCCCCAUCUGGCAGACGUGAAUAUACUGUGGGUCAGUAUGUGGUUGAUCUGUCCUCGUUUGAGAGUCUCGCACUGCCGCUUUUUCGAAAUGCAAGCGAUGAAAGCAGGAAGGUGUUCGUUAUAGAUGAGAUUGGGAAGAUGGAGCUCUUCAGUCAGGCUUUUAUCCGAGCGGUGAGACAGACUCUGGACAGCAAGGACUACACCAUCCUGGGAACGAUCCCCCUUCCUAAAGGAAAACCCCUGGGGUUAGUGGAGGAGAUCCGAGCGAGGAAGGACGUCAAGGUCUUUAUGGUUACAAAAGAGAACAGAAAUAGCAUUUUGGAGGAAAUUAUUGCUGCACUUAAGGAAUGUCUAAAAUAAAGAUCUCUAAGAAGACACGAGGAAGAGUGGAAUAAAACCUUCAUGAUGAUCAGAAA